AUGGCUACGGGAUUAGAGGAGCGAUUUAUAUUAAGUGAAAAUAAUGGAUCACUAUUAGUUCCAACAUGGUCUUUUGGUGAGACUUCAGCCGGACUUGCUGUUGUAAUAGCAUCUUAUCUAGUACUCAUUUUAAAAAUACUACCAUAUUUUAUGAAAAAUAGAUCUCCGUAUCAGUUGAAGCAGCUUCUCCUUAUAUAUAAUGCUUUUCAAGUAGCUUUUUCGGCAUAUGCAGUAUUCCUAUAUACCAGAUACACAUUUAAUCAUGGUGUUAUUACCAUAAGAUGCCCGAAAGCAGACGAUUUAAAAGCAGUUAUUGCAGAAUCCUGGCCUUAUUUUAUAGCAAAACAUGUAGAUCUUCUAGAUACUGUAUUUUUUGUUCUCCGUAAGAAGGAUAAUCAAGUGACUUUCCUCCACGUUCUACAUCACACUCUCAUGGUUACUUGGACAUGGUUCCAUCUCAUGUACCAUCCUACAGACCAUUUUGUCGUGGUGGGACUCAUUAAUAGUUUCGUACACGUAUUGAUGUAUGCUUACUAUGGAUUAUCGUCUUUAGGACCAAAGUACGCAAAGUUUGUGUGGUGGAAAAAACAUUUGACCAAAGUUCAAUUGAUUCAAUUCAUCUUAGUGCUCUUGAACCUGCAUUACCAGCAGCAGCUGUCACCGUGUCCCAUACCUUCCAUGUUUCACUACUUUUGCUUGACCAGUAUAAGUUCAUUCUUCUUCCUCUUCAUGAAAUUCUACUUCACAAGUUAUGGCACUAGAAAAGAGAAGAAUAUUAAUAGUAUUGGAUGUAAUAUAGAAGUAGAUAAAACGAACUAA